GAGUAUGCCUUCAAAGCCAUAAACCAGAGCGCAAUCACAUCGUUGGGACUGAAGGGCAAAGACUGCGCGGUUGUGGUGACCCAGAAGAAGGUGGCCGACAAACUGAUUGAUCCGAGUUCUGUCACCAAUCUAUACCGAAUCACACCAAACAUCGGUUGUGUGAUCACCGGUAUUGUUCCCGACUCGGCCUCUCAGGUCCAAAGAGCCCGCUAUGAGGCGGCAAACUUCAGAUAUAAGUUCGGUUACUCGAUGCCCAUCGAAGUGUUGGCCCGCAAACUGGCGGACAUCGCGCAGGUGUACACACAGAACGCAGAGAUGAGACCAUUGGGCACUUCUAUGAUGCUUAUCGCUCACGAGGACGGUAAGCCGUUGCUGUAUAAGACAGAUCCGGCCGGUUAUUACUGCGGUUAUGAGGACGGUAAGCCGUUGCUGUAUAAGACAGAUCCGGCCGGUUAUUACUGCGGUUACCGCGGAUGCGCUGUUGGUGUGAAAGCGGUUGAGGCGCAGAACCAGUUGGAGAAGAAGUUAAAGAAGAAGACUGAUUACGACGAGAAAGAGACGAUUCAGAUGGCGAUCACAACACUUUCCAAUGUAUUGACCAUUGAUUUCAAGCCCAAUGAGAUACAGGUCGGCGUUGUCGACAAGAGUGGACUGUUUCGGGCGCUCAACGAACACGAGAUCGAACAGCACUUGACUACUAUCGCCGAAAAGGAUUGAAUGGAUUCAUGAUUUUAAUCUUAUUUCGUAUAAUAAAUAAAACAUUUUUAUUACUAAAUAUUUAAA